AUGAGAGCAUACCCAAUAAGAGCUUACCCAAUAAGAGCAUACCCAAUGAGAGCACACUCAACAAGAGCAUACCUAAUGAGAGCACACUCAAUGAGAGCACACCCAACAAGAGCACAUUCAACAAGAGCACAUCCAAUAGAAGCAUAUACAAUAGUAGCAUACCCAAUAGGAGCACACCUAAUUCAAGCACACACAAUGGGAGCACAUAUGACAGAAGCACACAUAAUAAGAGCAUAUACAAUAAAAGCAUACAAAAUGAGAGCACAUGUAAUAGGUAAUCAAGUCACAAGUAUAUAG